AUGGACAUUAUGGAAGUGGAACUACCCAUUCACCCUGAUCAUUUGAUGACGCCUUUAAAAGUUGCACGGAUGGGUAACUGCUGCGGAAUCAAAUACCAAUCUAUAAGUGAUGGCUACUACUGCAGCCAAUGUGAUUUUUACGCUCACAAGAGAUGCAGCAAUCCCUCUAGAGAGAUCAACUACCCUUCUCACACGUGUGGCACCACUUUGACUUUUGGAACAAGUUAUUUGAAAUUCCUUUCAAGGUGCGGUUUGUGUGGAGUGAAGUUCACGGAAGAUAUCAAACAUUAUCGUUGUUUCCGUUGCGGUAUAAAAGUUCAUUUGGAUUGUGCCAAGUACCCACCUCCGAAGGUCGUUGAUGUUCCUCAAAACCAUAACCAUAAACUCAAGCUACAAAUGUGGCAAAGCUGCUUCACCUGCGCUACUUGCGGAGAAGAUGGUGAUGGACAUCCUUACAAAUGUCUUGAAUGUCGUUUGACUUUCCAUGUGAACUGCGCAAAGUACGCUGCGGAGGUAAACCAUCCUUCCCACCCUUUACACCCUCUAAAACUCUUCAAUGGUGAACCACCUGCUUAUACCAAUGAAAAAUGUCGCUUGUGUGGCAAGAAACUUGUUGAUGAAGCCUUUUAUCAUUGCUCCACAUGUAACUUUACCUUGGAUUUGCAUUGUGUUCUUAACCCACCACCACUCUACCAUCACGACCUAAACACUCAUGACCAUAAACUGACACUUAUGCCUCAAAUGAUCUCUUUUACUUGCACCACUUGCGGUCUUUAUGGAGAUCGAAGCCCAUAUGUCUGUCUCCCAUGCAAUUUCACGACCCACAAUGAUUGCUCUGAAUUCCCAUGGGUCAUCAACAUAAAUCGCCAUGAUCAUCGCGUUUCUCGCACGUCUCUUAUUGGUGUGGUGAACUCAGUAUGUCGUGUUUGUCAAAAGAAGAUGGAUUGGGCUUGCGGAGGUUAUUCUUGUAAAAAGUGUCCCGACUCAGUGUACCAUACCAAAUGCGCUACUAGAGAGGAUGUAUGGGACGGAAUAGAGAUGAAAGAUGAACCUGAAGAAGAUGAAGAUAUCGAACCAUUCAAGGUGAUUGAUGAAAACACAAUACAACAUUUCUUGCAUGAAAGUCAUGAGCUAAGACUCGACAAGUCUGGUACCUUUAUUGAAGGGAGGAGUUGCAAGGCAUGCGCUUAUCCUAUCUAUCAUCACCAUCCUUUUUACAGUUGCAUGAGUUGUGAUUACAUGCUCCAUGAGAUGUGCGCUAGUAUGCCUAGACGAAAACGACAUAUGGUAAGUAACAACCCGUAUCGUCUUGACGGCAUAAGUGGUUAUUUUAAUUGUGAGGCUUGUGGAUUAUGUUCCAAUGGUUUCAGAUAUCGUAGCGAUUUAAUUCGGCCUGGAAUAGAUUUGAGAUGUGCUUCAGUUACCGAGCCAUUUGUACAUCAAAGUCAUCCUCAUCCCUUAUUUUACACAUCACCACGAGGAGUUUGCAGUGCUUGCAACAAAGAAGCACAUCAUGUGCUCAGAUGCGUUGAAGAUAAUUGUGGAUACGUCUUGGACUUCAAGUGUGCGCUAUUACCAUAUGAAGUAAAGCAUAGAGUCGACGAUCAUUUUCUCUCUCCAAGUUAUGGUGAUCAAGAUGGAAGUGGAUGUAGAUCAUACUGGUGUGAUAUUUGUGAGAAAGAAACAGAUCCAAAAAAAUGGUUUUACACGUGUAAAGAUUGUGGGCUUACUUUGCAUAUUGACUGUGUGCUAGGAGAUUUCAGAGCUAUCGAGCCAAAAAUGGAAAUAACAAUAAAGGAGUAUGAGAGCGUAGAAACUGUGGUGGCGGUUCGUAACAAUAGUAUGUCUCGGCCAUUUUGCAACCAAUGCAAGUCACGAUGUAUAUCUCCUACCAUCUUGAAAGUCAUGGACGAUGCCAUGCCUGAUGUAUACUGCUGCUCUCUUAAUUGUUUUGAAAUUAAGUACAGUGAGCAACGAACAAUUCAUUACAGAAUGGUUACAGAUGAACUAGCUUCGCUAAGUAUCUAG